UUUGUGUUGUGGCUGUUUGGUUCAGUGUCAGUAGAGAGAGCUCUCCGGACCAGAGCACGAGUCUGGGACUAAACACACUGGCACUGUUAAGUGCGUCCGUUCAUAAAGUCCACAUAUCAAAGUGUGCUCGGGAAAAACACUGAAACCCACUUUGCCCCAGAUACAUUCAGCGGUUUGAUAAAAACAAAAAGUUGAGAAGAAUGGCAUCAGACUCUCCACGCAGACCGAGUCGCUGUGCUGGAGGAGUUUUGGUGCGACCACAAGCUGCAACGGAACAGUCGUACAUGGAAAGUGUCGUGACUUUCCUGCAGGAUGUGGUUCCUCAAGCUUAUACUGGGGCUCUACCCACAGAUGAAAAGGAGAAGAUCAUCUGGGUUCGCUUUGAGAAAGCUGACAUCAGUGACACUGCUCGCAACCCCGAGUUAAUGGAGAUGCACAGCGGCACUUCCGAUCCCCCUCUUUGCCUCAUGAUCGGCUACACGGAUGGGAUACAGAUCUGGAGCAUAUCUUUGGCAGGGGAAGCCCAGGAGCUGUUCUCGGUGCGCCAUGGUCCUGUGAGAGCUGCUCGCAUUCUGCCAGCCCCUUAUAUCAGUCCUCAAAAGACGGAUGGUUUUGCUGAUAAAAGGCCCUUGCUGGGGGUCUGCAAGAGCACAGGCUCCUCUGGGACCAGCCCUCCCUACUGUUGUGCUGACCUGUAUUCUUUACGGACAGGGGAGAUGGUUAAAUCCAUUCAGUUCAAGACCCCCAUCUAUGAUCUCCACUGCAACAAACAUACUCUCGUGGUGAGCCUGCAAGAGAAAAUUGCUGCAUUUGACAGCUGCACCUUCACCAAGAAGUUCUUUGUUACAAGCUGCUAUCCCAGUCCCGGGCCCUGCCUCAAUCCCAUCGCUCUGGGAAGCCGCUGGCUGGCCUACGCCGAGAACAAGUUGAUCAGAUGUCAUCAGUCUCGCGGCGGGGCUUGUGGUGACAACGCACAGUCUUACACGGCUACAGUGAUCAACGCUGCUAAAACUUUGAAGACGGGUCUAACCAUGGUGGGUAAAGUGGUGACCCAGCUUGCAGGCACCAUCCCAGCAGCCACCCCGGAGGAGGAGGGCCCGGCCCACAGCGCCAGCCGGCGCAGCCCCCACAACCCCGGCGUGGUCACCAUCAUCGACACCAACACCGUCGGGGAAGGACAGGUCCUGGUGAGUGAGGACUCAGAUGGAGAGGGAGUGGUGGCUCACUUCCCAGCACAUGACAAACCCAUAUCCUGCAUGCAAUUCAACCCCAGCGGGAUGCUGCUGGUGACCGCCGACACACUCGGACACGACUUCCACGUCUUCCACAUACUCACCCAUCCCUGGGCUUCGGCGCAGAGCGCUGUCCACCAUCUCUACACGCUGCACCGUGGAGAGACCGAGGCCAAGGUCCAGGACAUGUGUUUCAGCCAGGACAGUCGCUGGGUGGCCAUCAGCACCCUCCGUGGCACCACCCACGUGUUCCCCAUCAACCCCUAUGGCGGCGUGCCUUGCGCCCGCACUCACAUGUCGCCGCGGGUGGUCAAUCGGAUGUCUCGCUUUCAAAAAAGUGCGGGACUGGAGGAGAUUGAGCCGGAGCUGAGCAGGGCGGCCGCGUUAGGAGGAGCGGGAGGCAUCGGAGGAAGCAGUUGCAUUCUGGGUGGAGGAGGAGGCAUCGGAGGCCGCUGUAGUCCCAUCCCCGGCCUGUCCAGCAGCCCGUCAGGGUCUCCGCUGCACGCCAAACUGAGCAACCAGGACUCGUACAACAACCUAACCAACAACAACAUGGGGAACCCGCGGCUGAGCCAGCUGCCCAGCCUCACCGUGGUGCUGCCCCUGGCCCAGAUCAAGCAGCCCAUGACGCUCGGAACCAUCACCAAACGGACCGGCAAAGCUAAGCCCCCCCCUCAGAUCUCCCCGAGCAAGUCCAGCGGUGGGGAGUUCUGCGUGGCCGCGACCUUCGCCUCGUCCCGCUCCUGGUUCCUCACCAACCCCAACAUGAAAAGAGAGAAAGAUCAGACGCGUCAAUCGGUUGUCGACUCACUGUACAUAAUCAGUUGCUAUGGUAACCUAGUGGAACAUGUCCUGGAGCCUCGGCCGAUAAGCACCGCUCAAAAAAUAAGCGACGACACACCGUUGGAGCUCAACACGUCUCCCAGGGCCUGCUGGACUCUGGCCAGGACUCCCCAGUGGAACGAGCUGCAGCCUCCCUUCAACUCCAACCACCCCCUGGUUCUGGCCUCGGACCUGGUCCAGUACUACCAGUGUCUCCUCGCCGGAAUGUCCCCGGGAAGCCCAGGCCCCAUCACACGGCACGAGUCGUCGGACAGCCUGGCGUCGGACCACAGCGGCCAGGACGACGAGGAGUGGCUCUCUCAGGUGGAGAUCGUGACCCACACGGGUCCCCACCGCCGCCUGUGGAUGGGCCCCCAGUUCCAGUUCAAGACCAUCCACCCGUCGGGCCAGACCACGGUCAUCUCGUCCUCGUCCUCGGUGCUGCAGUCCCAGGGCCCGGCUGACGUGCAGCAGCCGCUGCUGGACUUCGACACGGACGACCUGGACCUGCACAGCCUCCGGAUCCAGCCCGUCCGGUCCGAGCCCGUCAGCAUGCCCAGCUCGUCCCGCCUGGUCUCCGAUCGCAGAGGACAGUCCAACAUCAUGGACGCUGGAUCAGGGCCGUUUGAUGCGCGCGGCGUGACCCUGCUGGAGGUGUGUGGGAGCUGGCCAGAAAGCUUCGGCGUGCCGCGACACAACGUGGGCUCGGCCGACGCCAGCGACGAGGGCCUGCGGGAGAGACUGGCCGACGCCAUGUCCGAGUCGCCCUCGCGGGACAUCGUGGGCUCUGCUACCGAGCUGCAGCGGGAGGGAAGCAUCGAGACCCUCAGCAACAGCUCCGGCUCCACCAGCGGCAGCAUCCCACGCAACUUUGAAGGAUACCGCUCCCCGCUGCCCACCAACGAGAGCCAGCCGCUCAGCCUCUUCCCCACCACCUUCCCGUAGAGCCGUCGGCCGCUCAGCCUCUUCCCCACCACCUUCCCGUAGAGCCCCGCGCCGCUGCAGCCGUCGGCCGCCCCGCUCCCUCCUCCGGGCCGAGCACAAGCACACACAUCUAACAGGAAAUGCACAUCAUAUGUGUAAUUGUGUUGUUUUUUUUCCUCUUCUCAAGUCCGGCUCUCCGUCCAGUCAGUGCUGGGGUUUUAUUUCUGGGACUGGAUUGUGAAGACUGACAUUAUUUCUCAUUUUCUCAUUUAUUUCUCAUUUCUCAUUGGUUUUAGUUGGUCUAAUUUAAGGACAAAAUCCUCUCACAAUUAAAAGGUAUUUUCAUGUACACCCUUUAUUUUUAUGAAUGUCAGGGGGAGACACCAGAGGCCAAAUGCAUAAAAGUGUUUAACAACAGAAACCCUUUUAAAUGUACAAAGCUGCACCUACAUGUGGUUUUCUUUUACAAAUCUGAAUCCUAUCACACAAACCCUUUUUAACCAUGAGUGGAUGUGAACGCUGCCGUGUGCCGUGUUCACUGUAUAUAAAAGGAUUAGCGUGCACCUAUACCAAAUAAACAUGAUAAUGAGAGCAACACAGAGGAAGGGGGGAGCCAUUUUUACUAAACAUGACAUGGAGACGCUCAUUACAUUAAGAAUAAGGGGGAAAAAAUUAUUCACCGUCUGAAUUCUCCAGUCAGACACUGAAAACAAAUGCCUAAAUGGAAUAAAGCAAACAAGUGUGUAAUCUGGGAGCAGAGCAGCCUGCAGAGAUACAAAAGGAACACUUGUGCUGCGGCCGGGAGGCCAGGAGGAUCCUGAGGAGCCGGCUCAGACGGAAGGACAGCGUCAGGCUCCCUCCUUAUCUCCCACAUCAGCAGCAGUCUGAUCAGCGAGACGUCCAGCUUCCCAGAGACGAGCGAGGAGACGCGGCUGCACCUCGGGUCCACCGGGCUAUAAACAAACUCUGGAAAUAUAUAACGCAGCAGCAGCCAGAAAAACCAGAGGGGGAUCUAAAUAUUCACCCUCUCCUCAAAGUGUUCGCCAGCUCUUCCAACACUGCAGUUAUUUUUAGCACACAGUUCAUACCAGUAAAUUAUAAAAAUCUAAAUUAACCUAAAUCACUAUUAUUGUAUUCUACUUAACUGUUUUGUUUCAUUUUUAAAGUCGAAUGCUUUUUUUUUUCCUGUUUAUGCUUCAGAAUGUUGUGAAGAUCAUGUGAGUGUGUUCACGUCCUCUCUGCACACCAGUGUGUUUAGGGAGAGAUGUCCAGACCUGUCUCGCCUGUGUCCAUCGUAUAUAUAUAUAUA